GCACGCUCAUGCUGUUUGGAUUUCUCAGUCUGAGCAGAGAGAGAGAAGACGAGACAACAAUGAAGAGCUUUGGCGUUCUGAUUUGCACCCUUGCAGUCCUGAUGACGGCUGAAGCAGACCUGUUUACAGACAGAAAGCGGCGGGAAUUGUCAGUUUUCUCGUCCUCUUCAUCAUCUUCGCUCUUGUCCUCCUUAGAAAGUUCAGGUGGGAUCUGUCUGAACGGAGGCUCCUCUGUCCCGUCCCUGACGUCUGGAGAACACAUGUUUUGUUUGUGUGCCAACGGUUUUGAGGGGAGACGCUGUGAAACAGGAAAGAGUGCUCACUGCUACGAGGGCAUUGGACUGUACUACAGAGGCACAGCGUCUACAUCAAGGAGUGGGCGGGCUUGUUUGGAGUGGGAUUCAGACACCAGGGAGCGAUACAUGUCGUCUGAUGUCAAUGCAGGGAGGCACAAUUACUGCAGAAAUAUUCUCUACAAACGGCGUCCGUGGUGCCAAGUGUGGAAAAAACAGCAGCUGACGUGGGAGUAUUGUGAUAUUCCUCGCUGUGGCUUGGAGUCGUUUCCAGCCCCGCCUUCUCCUGCACCGACUCUACCAGUGCCCGCUGCAGAGACGUCCACAUGUGGCCAGCGCACCAGACGGAAGCAGAUGAAGAUCGUGGGUGGGACGGUCUCCACUGUGGAAUCUCACCCGUGGGUGGCAGCCAUAUUUUCGCGCAGCAAAUCCAAGAAGGUUUUCCGCUGCGGGGGGAGUUUGAUCUCGGCCUGCUGGGUCCUCACAGCUGCCCACUGCUUCCCUGACGGCUCCCACACUAAAGAGCGCCGCUUCUCCGUCAGCCUAGGGAAGAACGCUCUGAAUGAGACGGAUCUGUAUGCGGAGCAAACAUUCAGGGUGGAACAAAUCAUCGUCCAUGAAGGGUUCAACAACAGCGAGGGAAACUUCAACAAUGACAUCGCUCUGGUGAAGCUGACGACCAAAUAUGGAAAGUGUGCAGAAGAAAACCACUUGGUGAAGACCGUCUGUCUGCCUCCGCCUCUGCAGCGCCUCCAGCCUGGUGUCACCUGCGAGAUCGCCGGAUACGGGAAAGAGAAAUACGGUCUGUGGUACAGGUCUCAGCUCCUCCAAGAGGCUCAGGUGAACCUCUUCGCCGAUGAUGUGUGUCGGCACGAGGAUUAUUACGCAAACAUGAUCACUGAUAACAUGUUCUGUGCCGGCCGACCUGACUGGAGCCAGGAUGCCUGUGAGGGAGACUCUGGAGGGCCUCUGGUGUGCGAGGUGGGCGGCAGGCUCUUCCAGUUUGGAGUCAUCAGCUGGGGAGACGGCUGCGCUAAAGAGUUUCGGCCCGGCGUUUACACCAAAGUGACGAACUACAACGGCUGGAUAGGAGAGAAGACGAGGCUGCCGUCCAUCACCGCGGGCUCCAUGUUCCUCAGAAUCAGCCUCUAG